AACCACCAUCCGCAGAUCCUAUUCUUCCCGCAAUCACAAUUCACAAGUUAAGUUUUCGUUUGCUACAAAUCGUAUUGUUUCUGCAAAUCCCCUGUCUUUCCUAUGUUUCGCGAGCUUGCCAUCAAAAUAAAGCUCCUAAAACAGUAUGGAAAGAAAACGCAGGAAAUCCGCAGUCUCUUAUCUGGAAAGGAGAUCGCCUACUGCCUCAUAUUAUAUCGUGUGGGGGUGACGGUCGAGAGAAAUGACAUAGCAGUUACGAGGAUAAAUGCUCUGUUGAACGACUGGCUCAAUGUCCCUAGUGUUGAGGAAAAAAAGAAGAUUUACAAAAGCGUCUUCACCACAUUAUUCAAAAUGGACACAGGUUCGGGUAAGGAUGAGUACCAUAUUCGAUCUGUGCAAAAAUAUUUAGCAUUGGACAACAAUUCUAAAGAUGCGCUUAAAUCGGCAAUCAGAGUUUACUACAAUACUGACACUGAAGCAGUAGAUGUUCUGAAUGAAAUUAUUCCUCAAAGCGUGCAACCAGUAAUACAAAUAUUACAAUCAUCUGACGCUGGUCCUUCUACUAGCAAGACUAAAGCUGAGAUAACUAAAAUUAGUGAUCGAUGCAAAAUAUGCUUAAAAGAAGACUUGUUAAAAAACCUUACGGUCAUAACACGGAAGGGAGUUGAGACAUUACACUCGGCCGGGAUUGAAAUUCAAGUUGGCGAUUUGUUCCACAACGUUUGCCGGCUAAAUAUCACAAGAAGAACCCGACCCUCAACUGCAUCAACUGAAUCAACAGUGAGAACAAGAAGUUCGGAAUCGAAUGUAUUUUGCUUCCAAACACAUUGUUUUUACUGCGGAUUAAAAGUAUCAGAUCGUUAUCGCUAUCACAACGAAACAAGAUUUGUUGAAACCCUUGAGUGCAAGCUAACUGUAGACCAAGCUAUAGCUAAGCGUCCUGCAGAUGAUCCAUGGUGUCUCGAGGUUUUAGGAAGGUUUAAUACGGUUGUAGAUCUUCCUGCUGCAGAUGCCUGCUAUCACAAUGCAUGUGCCAUCAAUUUCAAAUGUGGUUACGGUAAACCAAAGAAAUUUGAUUUAACAACACCUCACCCACCGAGAAAACGAAGGCAUACGACAGAAUCAAUAGUGAUCCCUCAACGCUUACCGGAUUUUUCCCGAAUGGCUGCCUUUCUCACAAUUAUGAGAAAGUUUGAAGAUUCUGAAACGGGAAGUGAAAAGUUAGCGGUCCUUCAAGAUGAAAUGGGUAAAAUAUCGGAGCCAUAUGGUGUUGUCUACAUGAAAAUGCAGAUAAAGAUACAUUUUGAUGAUAACGUAGAUUUCGUUGAUGGUCUUGUGAUUAUAACGAACCGGUCGUCUAGGAUAAUAAAAGACUUUUACGAUAAGAAAGACAACUCAUCUGAAAUUGACGUUUCCAAAGAAAAGAAGAGAAUACUUAAAGCUGCCCUUGAUGUGAUGUUAGAGGAGAUACGCACAUUCGAUAAGUAUUCUUCGAAAACUGAUGAAUAUCCUACAAUUGUGGGUCAAUCGGUAGACGAUCUGUUAAAUGAGUUACCAGACCUUCUGAAGAUGUUUGUUGAAGGUGUAGUGAAAACAAAAGUAAAGAGCAAGUCUAAAAUGCUUGGUUUAGCACACUCUAUAUUAGCGGCUGUUAAGCCUGGCUCACUGAUGUCACCUGUUCAACUAGGAAUAGCAGUGACGGCGCACCAUCUAUUUAUGUCUGCAUACCUAAACAAGAUGCUGUCUUCGUUUGGAUAUGCAUCUUCCUACCAAACUACACUCAAUUUUGAAAAGUCAGCUGCAGUUACUCAGUCGAAGUCAACAUCUAAACCUGGCGACUCUUUCGGGCAGUUCAUUGCCGAUAACGUUGAUGACAACCCAGACACAUUACACGGCAAGGACUCUGUACACGCAAUGGGGAUUAUGGUGGCAAUGACUCCAGGUGUUAUAACAAGCCUAACUAUCAAAAAAGAAACCGUUUCUGUGGACAAACUUAAGUCCAUGUCUGAUGGCAACAUAAAAGUUUGUAUGAUCAAAGAAGCCAAAUUCCUCAAAAACGUAAAAUUUCUGGAUAUUUUUGGAGACAUCCCAUCUUUUACGUAUCCAGAAAGUGACCUGCUCUACAUCACGUCAGCUGCUUUAGGGACUAAGACUCCAUUAUGGUCUGGCACAAUGCAGGCAAUGACACGAGGGCAACAUCCUAAACCAUCGUCGUUCCAUUUUCUUCCUCUCAUCAACCUGCAGCCGAGUAGUAUCGACUGUGUCUAUUCUACUCUGGUUUACAUUAAGGAAGAGUGCAAGAAAAUGGACUGCUACCCUGUAGUGACUUUUGAUCAGCCGCUAUACUUUAAAGCAAUGUCACUUACAAAGGCACAGGACUCUGAUGUCUCGGACGUGUUUGUUCGGCUAGGGACCUUUCACCUAAUGAUGUCCAUACUUGCUUGUAUUGGAUACAUAAUGAAAGGAUCUGGCCUAGAGGAAAUCAUAGGCCAAUGUUACUCGGAGGUCACAGUGAAAGACAUUAUGAAAGGUAAAGCCUUUAAUCGGGCUAUAAGGGCCCAUUCGAUCGUCCACAGGGCUCUUUUCUACCUUCUCAUCGAGGAUAAAGUAGACUCUACUUUGACGAAUGAUGAAAAGAUAUCGCUCAUGAGCUAUCAUCAGCGUCUUUCGGACAAAGAAGAUCCCUGCGAAGUGAAGGACCUCAAGGAGCAGGGACUCUUCAAAAAGCUGAGGGACAUAAUCCACGAGGCCAAAAUAGAGCAGAAUGAAUCAAAAACGUCUAAGUUAUGGUUACAGUACUUAGAAAUGGUCGACAUUCUUUUCGAACUCUAUCGUGGUGAAAGGAUUGGUGAUGUCAAACAAUCAAUUUCUGCCAAAAAGCACAUACUACCAUAUCUUGCAGCAGGUAACCGUAAUCAUUACACUACUUCGUUGUGGCUCGAUAUUCAAGAAAUGGAACAGCUGCAGUCAACACAUCCUCAACUAAAGAACUUUGUAGGAUCUGAUUUAGAUUCGAUUCGGCGAUCUGAUAGAUUUUGGGGAGCUAUUUCAACCGACCAAAUCAUAGAACAAGUUCUUAUGAAAUCUUUGAAGUCAAGAGGAGGUAUGACUGGACCAGGAAAAGGCUUAAACGUUGAAGCCUCAAGGAACCAGUGGAUUCAUAGUCGGCCAAUUUGCGCAGCUGUAAGCAGUGCAAUCCAGAGUGUAGCAGGAGUUGCUUACUCCACAAGUGACCAGCAUCAGCAGGCCUCAGAAUCAAGAGUAGACGUUGACACACAAGAUUUUGAAAAGAUAUGCUUAUUUCUAGAGGAGAGGGAACCUUUUAGGGACAAUGAUGAGCUGGUAAACAUUGUCAAUGGUGUUCAGGCAGGGGAGUAUGUUACAGCUCACAAAGCUCUAAUGUUAGGAAAUUGUAUAGUCAAUAGUAUGGUUUCUAAAGAAAUUAAGAAGUACAAAUUUUCCCGAAAGAUGGCAGUCGUCAAUAUGGCUGCUGUCUUAAUUAAGGAAAAGAGUAGAUCAUACACCAUCGAUCCUAACCUCCUCUUCCAAAGACUUUUGUCUUCAAUCAUACUACGCCGAAACGAUGUUGAUAUUGCCACAGUCUUCUGCCAUGAGCUGUGUGCAUUUCCUACAAGACUAUUUUCUGCAGAAAAAAUGAUGCUAUCCUCCGAAAAUAAGUCACAAUUCACUAACAAAUUCCCCGUCCUAGAUGAUACGGAAAGUAGUAACAGAAGUGGGAUGAGAUAUGUUAUCGAUGGAGGUAUGCUUCUUCAUCGCAUUGCAUGGAAGAUUGGGUCUUCCUAUAAUGACAUAUGUGCCAGCUAUGCUUCUUUUCUGUCAACGUAUCCAUUGUGUACGAUUGUAUUUGAUGGAUACCAUUGUAAUUCAACUAAAGACAUGGUCCACAAUGUACGAGGGAGAAAUCUCAACUGCUGUAACAUUACACCAGAGUUCUCUACUGCACUUACUGUAAAAAAGCCACAGUUCUUGUCUAACUCAAACAACAAGCAAAGAUUCAUCAACCUUCUCUCUGAAUAUUUGACGCAGUCAGGAUUUACCUGCAUACACGCUUCGGCUGACGCAGAUGUACUUAUUUGCAGGACUGCUAUGGAUAUAUUUAAAGAUAAGAACAAUGUGACUGUAGUUGGUGACGAUACUGAUCUAUUGGUUAUUCUUACCGAUAUGACAAAAAAUGUCGUAUUCAGUAGAUGGAAAAUCUAUAUGUCCACGAAAGCCCAUGUUUAUGACCUACAAGCACUUAAACAUCAUCUUGGAGAUAAAGUGGUUUCCUCGAUAUUAGUUUUACAUGCAUUCACAGGGUGUGAUACGGUAAGCCGCAUCUUCGGCGUCGGCCAAGACAAACUGUUGAAAAUGAGGAAUAAGUUAAGUGAAGCAGAUCUUGAUGUUUUUUACAGCCCUACUGCAACAAAAGAGGAAGUCAAGUUAGCCGGGGAGAAUUUGUUUUCGAUCCUAUUGAGUCUCCUCCCCACUGAUGCUACACUUGAUGCAGCACGGUUACGACUGUUUAAUGCCAAGGUCGUCACCGGGGUAACUGCCAUUGAAAGUACAUCUCUACCACCUACUUCAGCAGCCGCUUUGGAACAUUCUCUGAGAGUCUACCAUCAAGUUCAAACGUGGCUCGAAAAUGACUUGCAACCUACCGAUUGGGGAUGGAAACUCGUCAACGGACAACAUAUUCCUGUAACGUCACAACUUCCGGCAGCCCCCAGUCAUAUCCUAGAAAUCAUUCAUUGCAAAUGCAAAGCCGGCUGCAAACACCAACAAUGUAGCUGUCUGAAGCAUAACAUAAACUGUGGACCUGGAUGCACUAACUGUUUGGACAAUUGCGAAAAUCGUACAGACGACUAAUAAUAAUAUCAAUUUCGGAUCAUUUAUCUAUACUAUAAUUUAAUGUACUAAAUGAAUAUGUUAUAUUAAGCUUAUUUUACAAUCUGCAAACUUGAAAUUUAUGAUUAUGAUAACAGCGAUAUCGCUAAAAUAUAAAGGUUGCAAUCUAUGACUGAUAUCGAAUCUCAACAAUUUUUGGAAAUUC